UAAAAGACACCUAAAUCUCAUAGUCUGGCAAAUCAACGCUGUCACGAUUACGAUGUUUAGCUCUAUUGUGAUCUACAUAUCAUAAUACAUGCAAAGAUAUCCGGGAUAUUGAUAUUGUUUGAAGAUCAGCGUUAUUUCAAGGACCCCCCUUGUGUGCAGCUCGAUGGUUGGUGCCGAUGUCGCCAUGGCAGCUCACGCGAGCGAGCUCGAGUUAGCAAAGAAGAACUUAACGGACGCUAUUGGGGACAAUAUAAAACAUUACUGGGCGAAUUUAAAGCUGUGGUUCAAACAGAAAAUUAGUAAAGAGGAGUUUGAUGUUGAGGCUCGCCGACUUCUGGGACACGAUAACGUUCAUGUCCACAAUGACUUCCUGCUGGCCAUUCUCACACGCUGCCAGAUUAUUGUAUCUACACCAGCAGAGGCUCCCGGCUCGCUGCAGUGGUCCGGUGGCUCUGCCUCAAAACCCGCCAAGCCUAAGGGCAAAAAGAAGUUUUCCUCCGUGCGCCAGAAAUUUGAUCAUCGCUUUCAGCCCCAGAACCCGCUGACUGGAGCUCAGACGUUCAAUCCUCGUGAAGCUGGAGCAGAGGAGGAGGAGAUGAUGAAGCUUAGCACUCACACACUCUUACUGCCCACACGAGGGCAGCUGGAGGCCCGAAUGAUGGUCACAGCCUUCGAGAUGGGCCUCGAUAACGUCACAAAGGAUGCCGUGAGCUCUGUCGUGUGCGCGCUCGAGGUGCAUUUGAAAGACCUCAUCACUGCGGUGGUGUCGCGGAGAAAAGCCUACCGUCUGAGAGAGGGACACUUCCAGUACGCCUUUGGCAGCCAAGUCGCACUGCAGCCCUACCUCAAAAACAGCCUGGCUGCAUAUCAGACUGUCACAGAGUACCCCCCUCCCAGUGCCUCGCUGCCGACUGCUCUGCCCCCUCAGGUGUCUCCAGACGAUGCAGAACAGCAGGCUGCUUUCCUACUGGCUUGCUCCGGCUCCAGCGCCCCUGCCCCUCUACCUCCCAUCAGCAUGUACGACCUCCUGGAGGCUCUACAGGUGCACCGCCGCGUGAUGCCGUCUCACACCGUAUAUGCUCUGAACGUGGAGCGCAUCCUCGCCCGUCUCUGGCACCCGAGUCACGAGGAGCUAGAGCAGGACAACAUCCACAGACAGCGACUGGCCACCAAGGAGGGCCUGUCAAUCUGCUGAGGCUCCGCCCACAUCCUCCAGUCACACAGCCUACAUCAGCGGUGUCCAAUCUUAUCCGGAAAGGGCCGGUGUGGGUGCAGGGUUUCAUCCCAACCAAGCAGAAGCCACACCAGAGUACUACUAAAAGCCAAGAACAACUGAUUAAACAGGUGGAAUCAGGUGUGGCUUCUGCUUGGUUGGAAUGAAAACCUGCACCCACACACACCGGCCCUUUGUGGAUAAGAUUGGACACCGCUGGUCUACAUGUUCCUGUUUCUGUACAACUGGACCUUAUGUUAUAACCAUAUAUAACAUCUUUAUGGACAGUGUGGACUUCCAGAGCUUUUCGUUUGAAUAUUUCAGUUUAUUUAAAUGGUUUGUAUUCAUUUUAAUGGUUUACAUCAUGAUUAAAUACGUCGACUUAAAUCAGUACGUUUAUUUUUAUAGGCCGUUUAAUUAAACAGAUCAGGUCUCACAGUACAGCUUCAGUGCUCAGGAUUGUUGCUCACGGACCAGUUAUGGUUUUACAUAGCUAGUGUCUGUGCUGACAUUCUGGACAUCCUUGUAAAUAUUUGACAACGAACUCACAUUUGUACACGUUUACUUUGCCAAUGGAAGAUUUGAAAAUACAUGAAUUAAAUCCA